UGCUGACCUUGCACCUGUACUGUGAUAUCGAGUGUCUAACUGUGAUGUGUCCUGUGUGUACCGAGAUCGUCGGUCAUGUCCUGGGUUACUGGAUUACAAACAGGCCGUACAAACAAUGGAUUAGACACGUUGAAGGCGUCUGAGAUGAACGGCUCGGACAAUGGCUCCCUGCAGGAAUACAUGGGCACGCAGCGUGUCCUGUACGGCUUCCAGCUGUACUACACGCCGCUCCUCGUGUGUCUGGGGACGGUCGGCAACACCCUCUCCGUCUUCGUCUUCUUCGCGACGAAGCUGCGCAAAUCGUCCUCCUCCUACUAUCUGUCUGCCCUCGCCAUCUCCGACACUGGCUUCCUCAUCGCACUCUUCGUGUCUUGGCUCAAUCUCAUAGACGUCAACCUCUUCAACAUGCCUGGCAUUUGCCAACUCACCGUCUAUCUCACCCAGGUGUGCAGUUUCCUGAGCGUCUGGUUUGUGGUGGCAUUCACGGUGGAGAGGUUCAUAGCAGUACGCUACCCUCUCAAACGACCGUCCAUGUGCACGGUGACCAGGGCCAAGAUGGUGCUGUCAGUGCUGACGCUGUUUACUCUCAGUAUGUGCAGUCCAUACCUCUUCAUUUCUGCACCGCAGUGGAGGCCUGACCCCGAUAGCAACUCAACACUGUUGGUGUGCUCACUUGUGGACCACUGGAUGGAUCUGGCAACCACACUCAACUACAUCGACUUCGUGGUCACGCUACUCAUCCCCUUCUGCCUGAUAGUCGUGCUCAACACACUCAUCAGUAAGACAGUGUGGAGACUGGCGAGGGUGCGACGUUCCAUGACUAACUCGGGCAAGACGGACACCCCCGUGGGCUUCAGUGUCGGGCCGGGCAGUGUCAAACGACCUAUACUCGCACGCUCUCAGUCCAAGCAGAGCUCAUCCUCACAGACUAAAGUUACUGAAAUGCUCUUAGUGGUGUCCUCAGUGUUUAUUUGCUUAAACUUGCCAUCGUACGCCAUCCGAGUUUGGAUUUUUGUCACCGAGGCGAUCCAGACGGAAACGGUGAACGAGGUGGUGAUCUUGCAGCACUAUUUCAAUUUGCUCUUCAACACGAACUUUGGCAUCAACUUCGCUCUCUACUGCGUCAGCGGGCAGAACUUCCGGCGGGCGUUAGUCACGCUUUUCUGUCCCAGGUUCCGAAAGCGCCAGGAUAAUACUCAAGUCACGGGUUGUCCAACACGCUUAGUGACCUUGAGCCAGGUUAUGCCACAACUGUACAUGUUAGUGGAAACUAAGAGUCGUCUCUGAGUACACAAGGUCGGUGGGGUCUCUGUACCGCCGCAGAACCGUAACACUCAACAACGGCUCCUGGCGGGACGUACACGAACUCAUGCCCAUCACCAAGUAGAGUCCUGGCAAGACUUUACUGAGAGCACAUGGACAAUUCUUGGGACCAUUGUAUCUAGUGUAAUUUAUGUGUAAAUAUUACGACUUUAAAUGUAAAUAAUACCUAAGAUCCUGAAGUGAUACUCUAAAGUCAGCAUUGCUUUGAUGGAACAAUGAAAUGUUAAUACGGUGUACAUUGUUACCAGUGCAAUUAUGCAUAAUGCACACAAUUAAAUGUUUUAUUUCAUUGUUAUGAUGUGUUAAUGUAUUCAUUAGUAUGAACGUUCAUACAUGUAGAAUGAAGUGAUAUUACAACCAUAUUAAUACAAAAUAAUUAUAAAAUAAAUAUGAGAAACUUGAAAAAAAUCAACUUGUAUUUGGAAAAUUGUAUUUCUAGUAAUAAUUAAUUGGAAUAUACUCGAAAAUGAAAAACUAUUGGACUUCACAAACUAAAUUAUAUAAUUAUCUUAAGGUUGUCAUUUUUACGGGGUUUCACGGCUAACAAUUAAAAAAAGAACCAGUAGCUUUGAUAAUACCAUAAUUUAUAUUAUGUAUUGGAUAUAAAAAUGUACUUUGACGCUCUUCUAAAUUAUAUCAUCCCUUUUAUUUUUUGUACAUUGGCCAAGUUCUUUCCAGGGACAUUUUUUUCAAUUUUUUACUAUUGAAAUUGCAAUGAAUGUCAAAUUUAUACAGGACUAAAUGUCGAUUUUUAUUAUGAUAUUUAAAACUUGAAAGAACAUGGUAAACUGAUUUUCUUAGGCUUCUGUACUUCCGAACCAAAUAAAAAACAUUAUUUUUUAUAAAGUUUUCAAUAAAAACUUACACAACUUGUUCCUUUAAUGCUAACAUACAAACCAAUUGUACAUCAAAGGAAAAACAAAAGAGCAAAGUUCAUACAGCGAUGGGUUUUUUCUUUGAGAUAAAAUAAUAUUACCCUGCUUUGCAGACCAUGUAUUCUUUCAAUGUCUUACAUCACAAAUAAAACUGCUAUUAUGUGUUUGGAUUUUUAGGGUAAUCAUUAUUCUGUUAAUAUUUUUAAACAAUCAACAAAUUUGUUUCGUACUAAAAACUAUUGAAUUGAAAAUAGUGUGGUCUAAACAUAAAAAAUAAGGGCUUGUUUAUAGACAGUGGUUUGUCCUCAGAAUACGAACUCCUCCGAGAAUCAGCAGCGAAUCACUGAUGCGUUUUGAUCAGCGCGUCGCAUCGGUUUUGCCCGAUUGGAGGGUGGUCAAUACUGCCAUCUGCUGUCACUCAGUCAAGUUUAAGUUGUAGUGGGUCGCACCAAACUUCUUCAUUCGUUCCAAACACUUACAAAUAAAACAUAAGUGGCGUCCAAUCGUCAGUUCCCACUUACAGAUUUAUAGUAAUUACAGACGGAGGUUUUCAAUUUUCGUAUAACAUGUGUAAAUAUCGGAAUUGAGAAACAACCUCACUCCCAUCUGGAUGUGAAACCAUAUCUCUACUCGUACGUCUUGUACAAACAAUUCGGUGCUGAUGAUUUUACAUUUACUAAAAGAAGACCGAUAUCAUUUUAACAUUAUCCUGCCCAUUUCCCGAAGACUAUAAAUCUGAGCAGGGAAAGCAGCAUGAACGACAAAACAAUCACUUAAAUGCUUUCCGGAUGGUGAGUGUACAAGGUAACACUUACAGGGAGUUCAAUACUCCAAUUCGAAAUGGAUUCAGUUCCCCUAGCUAACUGCAAAUUCUAGACGAAAGAUACCCCGCUUCCAAUAUGGUCAACUGCACACCUUCAGUGCUUUUUUAGUUCCUCUACAAUAAUGAUCCCGUGCCAAAAUCUCGGAGUGUCUUUGUAGUCAUAGUUGUCAUUUGAGUGAGGAUUUCAAGGAAAUUCCUUAUACUUCGUGUAAGACAUACCGGUAAUUCGACAACUCCAUGGUUUUCUUCGUCUUUCUGAGAUUCGGAUAUCGGAUUAAACACAUAGAGAAGAUAGUCGCAUUCCCUUAAACACAGAGCAAAAGAAAAGCAUCCACAUCCUGAUUCCCUUGAAAUCACGUGACAACUGUCGUCAGUAUGGGGUCCAGGUACCACAUCACGGGAAUCUAUGGGCGUUUUCGAAGUGCUAGACCUUAUUUAGAAUAAUAAUAUUAGGGGCGUAGUCCUUAUAAGAAGCUUGGACAUUUCCGCCAAACGUAGAUAAACAAGGCCAACAAAGUUAUUUCUUUAUUUAAAUACCGGCUAUUUACUUCAAUAUGUUAUUUGUUUGCUGACCACAUUAUAUCUUUAUGGUUAACUGAUUCAUUUAAAUUCCAUUACUACAAUCAUUAUAUUUUAAAACAUGUAAAAAUACUAAUUCCAUCAGAUCGUAUUUGUAUCUAUUUAAACAAACAAAAUUAACGUUAAUGUUCCAAUCUUUAUAGAAGCUUGUUCUUUAUGUUCACUGAUGUGUAAACUUCCAGAGAGCUACUACUCAAACAUGGACACUCUGCAGAGCAUGACAAACGGUCCGCCCAAACACUUCAUCAAGUGCUACCACUACCAGUGUUUUAUUACCACUAAGCUCUUCUUGCACCCACAUUUGUGCUGUAAAAUGUGUAAGAUCUUGUACUUUCUCACUUUAUGUAUUUUAGACUAAUAAUUAAAAUGUUCAUACCAGUGAAAUCAGUCUUUAAUUUUAUCUACCUUACAAACACCUGAAAAUACCCACAGCAA